CCCAACUCUUUUCUCACUGACUUCUUGCUAGUGGUGAAUUUCAGAAAGAGGACACAAAGAUGAAGAGGAGAUAAUAGUGGGAGAGUUCAGGUGAUUUAGCAAACUGUUAAAUAAUAAGAAGCUGUGCACUGGUCUCCUGGGAGAAGAUUUUUUUUUACUCUGUCGCAGUCACCAGAAGCCAAUCUGUCGGUCAUUCAUCUUUUCCGACCAAUGGACAGCCUUCUCACAAACAUCAGCUCCACCUCCACCACAGAGUCCCUCCUACCUCUUUUCACCCCAAACCCGACUAACUGCAGCAGCUGGGACCAGAGGUGGGGGGCGUCGUAUCUGCACAGGGUGGCCCACCUGGAUGUGCAGCUGUAUCAAGACUUCUACGGUGUCUGGGUCACUCUGAUGGUGUGUAACAGCCUGAUGCUGGUGGUUGGUGUGGUCCUCAACAGUCUGGCUCUGUAUGUGUUCUGUGGAGCCUCCACCCACUCCUCAGCCUCAGUGGUCUACACCAUAAACCUAGCUGUGGCUGACCUGCUGGUGGCGCUGUCGCUGCCUGCUCGCAUCGCCCUCUACCACAGUGGAGGCAGCUGCGUUGCCUGUUCCUACGUCCACACCUUCAGCUAUUUUGUCAACAUGUACUGCAGCAUCCUGUUUCUGACCAGUAUCUGUAUAGAUCGAUACCUCGCCGUCGUCCAUGCAUCCAGCACUCUCCAUCGAUGGAGAACUGCAGGAGCAGCCAAGUGUGUCAGUGCCACAGUGUGGUUUGUUGCAGUUGUGGUCACCUAUUCUUUUCAGACCACAGCGUUGGAGUUCAGCACCUCCUGCAUGCUCAUCCCUGCCCUCUUCUACCUCACCAUCCUGGAGUUCCUGCUCCCCCUGCUGGCCGUGGUCGGCUUCACUCUUCGCGUCACCUGUUUUCUCUCCUCCAGCCACGCACCGAUGCCCCAGCAGAGCAGGGCCAGGAGGACUCGUGCCAUCAGGCUCCUGGCCACCGUCCUGGUGGUCUUCACCGUUUGCUUCACUCCCUUCCACGUCCGCCAGGUGCUGGUUUACCUCCGGAUCAGAGUCCGAGGGGAGGGGAUAGCACAGGGGGCGGGGCAUGUGCUCGCCUAUCACAUCACGGUGACGCUGAGCAGCCUCAACAGCUGUCUGGAUCCAGUGGUUUACUGCUUCGUGACGGACAGCUUCAAGAGGAUGUGGAGGACGAGGUGGAGGCGAGGGAGGGAGGUGGACGGGGAGGCCGGGCAGAUGAGCGGGGGAGACGGGGACAGGAUUUCGGUGAAUAAAUGUUCGGGUACGGCGCUGGCGAUAGCUCACAGCGUGGUCACACUCACCCUCACUAGUACACCACUGUCUGCAGCCAACAGAGACCAGUCUGCAUAGAAAAGUUGGCGCUCCCCUCCAAGACCAACAAUGGAACAGUCCGGAGAGACACCUGAAGAGAAGGACUCACAAAGAGUGAUGGAGAAACACUGCAAAGAUUCAGCAAAACAACACAAAAACAGAAAUAAGCAUUGCACGGCAAAGCAAAGCCCUUGGAAACAAUUCUCAAACCGUCCCUGCAGCCAUCCAUUUAUUACUCUGUGUACUAAUUUCCCCCAUUUUUCCCCUCAGCUUUGUUUGGAUAUUGUUCUGUGACUCAUGAGAAUGAACCACAUGGCAACCUCAGGGGCAGAAACUUAAAAUCAGUACUGAUAUUGCCAAAAACUGCAAUUCCUCACAUGGCCACUUGAGGCAGCUCCAAAAGUGAAUAAAUCCCCAUAGACCCCCAUGUUAAAAUACACAACUUUACAGCAAAAAUAAACAUGUUUCCAGCCUGGUACGAAAGUAGCAUUAGCCUCUAUAGCUAAUAUCCACAUUCAUGACAACUGUACAGAGAAUGCAUUUUGAUAUAAUUCACCCAUUUAAAUUGUAUUAAGAUCUAAAGUUGUACAUAAUGAAGGGCUUGUUUGCAUGGCCCAUUCCAGAUCCACUUCUUAGGUUGUUUUUGAAUUACCUGGGAGAUACCAGAGCCACCACACUGAGCUGUAAAACUGCUCUGAAGGAAACCUGUUGGUGACGUCACGGAGGAUUCCUCCAUCUUUACACACAGUCCUACAACAAAGGAGUGUUUUUGCAACUUUUGAAACUGAUGAAUUUGCAGGAGAAAUCACACGCUAAAAUAAAUCAUGAUGCUGAAAGCAGGAAAUCUUGAAUUAUUAAAUCAUACACUAAGUUCAUAUUUGAUGUCUCGACUGAGCUCGUCACUCAGUUCAAUUCAAUUUUAUUGAUAUAACGGCAAUUACAAUUCAAAUUGUCUCAAGGCGCUUUACAAAACCCUUUAACACCAAACUCAGUAUAACAGCUAAUGAAGAUAAUAAUUUUGACUAUUUUUUACCACUUUAGGCUUUUGAAAUUGAUAACACAGCAUUUCACAAUAUUCAUAUGCAGCUAACCUGUAAAUAUAUAUUUAUACAUCUAUCCAAAUGCUGUAAAUAUGCAGCUUAUUUCUACCACUUAGAUAGUGUUGUUUGACUGGAUUCUUUUCAGGCGAAAUGUUAGAAAGCACAGUCACUCAGAAACCAUUUAGUAGAAGCUGAUGUGAUAUUUAAAGGAGCAUACAGAAUGUGAAAUACUAAGUGCAACUAAAGGGAGCUGAUGUCUUUUAUUAUGUGAGCAUUAACAAAAAAAAGUGGGAGAGAAGUAAUGAGAACAGAAAUGCUUGGUUAAAAAAAUAAAUGAUGAAAACUGCAAAAACAUAAUGUGUAAUAUAACUAUUAUUGAUAGCUGAUGUGUUUUUCUUUGAGUUUACAUGUUAAAUUCCCUGUGAUAACUGAUGAUUUGCUGUGAUAUUUAUUGUAAUUAUUAUAAGUGUGUCUUUCUGUUCUCACCUCUAUUCAUUAUAAAUAAAAUAAAUUGGAUACUUGUCAUAAUGAGA